CCGACGAGCACCGCCAUGGCGCUGGCACGGCGGCUGCUCCGCCUGCGCCCCCACCUCGCCACGCUCCCGCUCCCUUCCCCCGGCACCCCGCGCCUCCUCCCGUCCCGCACCUACAUCUCCGACAUGCGCCGGUCCGCCUUCAUCGACCGCCUCCUCCGCUCCGUCCGCUCCGAGAUCUCCUUCCUCGACAACUCCGCGCCGCCACCAUCGCCCCCGUCCCCCGCGCCCUUCGCCGUCGAGGACCGCCCCGGCGAUCAGUGGGCCCGCCUGCGCCGAGUGUUCCCCGCGGCCGAGGGGGAGGAAGAGGAGGUCAGGGUGGACGCCACAUUGGUCGACGGCGCGCUGCCGCCCUCCCGCUCUGGCGCGGACACGGGCGCCCCGCCCAGGUUGCACAUCAGCGUCAAGGUCGAGGUCUCCAAGGCCGCGCGGCCAGGGGUGGCGCUCAACUUCGAGUGCUCCGCGUGGCCUGACGAGAUGGAGGUGCAGAGGGUCUUCCCCGUCCGCCGCGGCGGGACUUCGCCGGUGCAGCAGUACGUCGGCCGCCAGUUCAGUGAGUUAGAUGAGGACAUGCAAAGUGCGGUGCGAGAUUACUUGGAGCAAAGAGGAGUGAACGAUGAGCUUGCAGCGUUCCUGCAUGCGUACAUGGAAAACAAGGAGCAUGCUGAACUAAUAAGAUGGUUGAAGAACAUUGAACUUCAUGUCAAAAACUGAACAUUCAAGUUGGGUUAAUUAGUUUGUCUUACAACACUUAGUGCCCAUGGUCACAACCUUGGCACUUUGACAUUAGUAUUGUUAUAUUGGAAGUUUAUUUUUGUUGCGCCAGUUGCACAUAUUGUUGGCAGUUUGGCACUUUGACAUUAGUGUUGCUGUAUUGGAAGUUUAUAAAAAAUAAACAUUCAAGAUA